AUGCUCUUUCUCUCUUUCGCAUGGUCCUUCUCUCUCUUUCUCUCUCUCUCUCUCUCUGUGCCACAUAUUCCAAAUCUUUUAAUUUGCCCUUUUUUUCCUGUACCUGCUUUUCUCUCUCUCUCUCUGUGUAGGCAUCGCCUUUCUCUCUCUCUCUCUCUCUGUGUAGGCAUCGCCUUUCUCUCUCUCUCUCUCUCUCUGUGUAGGCAUUGCCUUUCUCUCUCUCUCUCUCUCUCUGCAUCGCCUUUCUCUCUCUCUCUCUCUGUGUGUAUCGCCUUUCUCUCUCUCUCUCUCUCUGUGUUUAUCGCCUUUCUCUCUCUCUCUCUCUGUGUAUUUUCUCAUUUCUCUCUCUCUCUCUCUCUCUGUCAUCUCUCUCUCUCUCUGUGUAGGCAUCGCCUUUCUCUCUCUCUCUCUCUGUGUGGCAUCGCCUUUCUCUCUCUCUCUCUCUGUGUGCAUUUCUCUAUUUCUCUCUCUCUCUCUCUCUCUCUCUCUCUCUCUGUGCAUUUUCUCCCUUUCUCUCUCUCUCUGUGUAGGCUCUUUCUCUCUCUCUCUCUGUGUAGGCAUACUUCUUUCUCUCUCUCUCUCUGUGUAGGCAUGCCUUUCUCUCUCUCUCUGUGUAUGCAUCUCUCCUUUCUCUCUCUCUCUGUGUCUGCAUUUUCCUUUCUCUCUCUCUGUGUAGGCAUCUUUCUCUCUCUCUCUCUGUGGGCAUCUCUCUCUGCCUUUCUCUCUCUCUCUGUAGGCAUCUUCUUUCUCUCUCUCUCUCUGUGUUCUCUUUCUCUCUCUCUCUGUGUAGGCAUAUACCUUUCUCUCUCUCUCUGUGUGGGCAUCGCCUUUCUCUCUCUCUCUGUGUGUGCAUACCUUUCUCUCUCUCUCUGUGUGGCAUCGCCUUCUCUCUCUCUCUCUGUGCAUUUGCUCUUUCUCUCUCUCUCUCUCUCUUUCUCUCUCUCUCUGUGUAUUUCUCUCUCUCUCUCUCUCUCUGUGUAUUUUCAUUCUCCUUUCUCUCUCUCUCUCUCUCUGUGUAGGCAUUUUCCUUUCUCUCUCUCUCUCUCUCUGUGUGUUUUCAUCGCCUUUCUCUCUCUCUCUCUCUCUCUGUGUAGGCCUUUCUCCUCUCUCUCUCUCUCUCUCUGUGUAGGCAUCGCCUUUCUCUCUCUCUCUCUCUCUCUCUCUGUGCCCAAGCAUAUUUUCUCUCUCUCUCUCUCUCUCUGUGUAUUUUAUCUAUACUUCUCUCUCUCUCUCUCUCUCUCUCUCUCUCUCUCUGUUUUUCUCUCUCUCUCUCUCUGUGUAUUUGCUCUAUACUUCUCUCUCUCUCUCUCUCUCUCUCUCUCUGUGUUUCUAUAUUUCUCUCUCUCUCUCUCUCUGUGUAUUUCUCUCUCUCUCUCUCUCUGUAGGCAUUUUCUCUAUACUUUCUCUCUCUCUCUCUCUCUGUGUAUGCAUGCCUUUCUCUCUCUCUCUCUCUCUGUAGGCAUCUUUUUUUCUCUCUCUCUCUCUCUCUCUGUAGGCAUUCCUUUCUCUCUCUCUCUCUCUGUGCAUCGCCUUUCUCUCUCUCUCUCUGUAGGCAUCGCCUCUCUCUCUCUCUCUCUGCAGGCAUCACCUCUCUCUCUCUCUCUCUCUCUCUGCAGGCAUCACCUUUCUCUCUCUCUCUCUCUGCAGGCAUCACCUUUCUCUCUCUCUCUCUCUGCAGGCAUCACCUUUCUCUCUUUGGGGCAUCAUCAUCAUCUCUUUCUCUCUCUCUCAUACAUUCAUCAGAGGGAUGCACAAAAACUGGGUGAUGUGUAUGACGGAUGCCUUUUUUCACUGGUUUUAUUUAACCUGUAUAGAUAA